CAAUAUCUUUGCCAAGAAAACCCCAAACAGGGUCACAGAGAAUCGACUCCACUGAAAACAACAAAACAACAACUUACUUAUCAUUUUAUCUGUUAGAUACAUAAUAAGAUCCUUGUCUUAACCGUGAUAGAUCUUUCUCACUGUAUCCAAACAUGAUCACACGAUUUAGAAUUGGAUGGGACUUCAAAAAUCCAAUCAAAUCUCAUUUUACAGAGGAGAAAGCUAUCUACAGGACUCAAUUUAUGCCAUAGAAAGUUGAAUUUUUUUUCUUAUUCCUUAAGUGAAGUAUUUUGAGGGGAUAAAGUUGGCCCCUGGAGUUCAGGGUUUCUUAACCUCUCUUUUAUUAGGGGCCCCUUUGUCAAUCUGUUGAAUCCUAUGGACCCUUUCUCAGAACAAUGUUCUUAAAUGCACAAAAUAAUAUGGAUAAGAUUAUGAAGGAAACCAAUUAUACUGAAAUACAGUGUAAUUUAUGUCUUUAUCAGGAUAUUAUAAGUUCCAAGUUCACAGAACUCCCCUAUCCCCAAACCCAGGUGCAUGGACUCUCCCAGCUAAAAACUUUCUUUCCUGUAACAGAAAGAGGACUAGAUAUAGUGACAGGGGACUUGGAUUUCAACUGGGGUUUGGCCACUUACUAUGUGGCUUUGGGAAAGUCACUUAACCUCUCUAUGCCUCAGUUUCCUCAUCUGUAAAAUGAAAGGUUUGGGUUGGGUGGCCUCUUGGGUCCCUUUCAACACUAUGAACCUAAGACCUCUGGCCUUUAGUUUUCUUCAUCUCUCAAUUGUGAGAGUUAGAGUAGAUAAUCUCUAAGGUUCCUUCUUUGAAAUCUUAACAGAUUUCAAAUUCACAAAUUCACCCCCAAUUACUGACUCUUCUGUGCCAUAUCCCCUCCCCGCUCACUCCCAUCUGUCUCCUGUUUUCGGAUGGAAAAAAAUGAGAAACAUAAACAUUAACUAUGAAUAGGCAGUUCAUAAAGGCCAUACUGACAAUUAGGGAAAGAGAAAGACCACUGUGGGUUGGGUUGGAGUAGUCAGGGACAGCUUCCUGGAGGAGGUAGAAACUGAGCUGGCCUCUCCUGAUAAGAUUUCUCUGGGGUGGAGGGUAUUGUUGGGGGGGGGAUGAAUAGUGAGUUAUUAUGGGGGAGGUGACUCCCGGGCCCUGGAAGGCUGGGGUGAUUCAGGUAGAAAAUCUUGAGAAGCAGUAGCUGUGGUUAGGAGAAGGGAACAUGUCUGGUGGAUGUGUUUUUUCAGCUCAUCCACCCCUUUGCUGCUGACAUAGGGGAGCAAGCCCUGGAUUAGUGUUUUGCCCUAGAGAUAUUUCUCAACUGCUUGAACAUGUUACCAGCCUGACCUUGGAGGGUCUGGUUCUGGAGCAGGUCUCCCUCCAGAAGCAUCAAGAAAGAAACGAGUCAAGUUAAAGGCUAUGGAAAUUAUUUCCUUUCUACAGGUCUUAGUUUUCUCAUCUGUAAACUAGGGGGUUUAGACUCCAUGACCUUUAAGGUCCUUUCUAGCUCUGAAAUCUUAUGUUCUGUAUUCUGAGGUUUUCCAGUUCCCCUCACUCUGCCUGUCUGCCAUAUUAGACCUGAGUCUCCUAUAUUAACUCUUACCCACUGCCUGGGUCUACUACCUCCCUAGGAAAAUUCUCCAGCUUUCUUAUCAGCCCCCAGCUGGCCUGAGGGUAGGUGGGGCCCAAGGGAAGACAGGAAGGGAGUUCUGAUGGGAUAAUGACCUGGUUUUCAGCUCAUUCAAUUUGUCCAAGCUUCUAAUGCUGCUGCUCCUCUGGUCCCAACAACAAGACUUCCCAUUGCUGGAGAUUUCCUGGACCCAGCUGAUAUAAGGACUAUAUACCCACUUUUGACACCUGAAUUCCUUCCUUGGUCCAUUUUCUCUAUAGACAUAAAGAUCUUUCAUUAGCAGGAUUCCCAUCAUGGUGCUCAAGGUCUUCUUCCCUUCUUGCUGUUGCUCAGCAGACAGUGGCCUUUUGAUCGGCCGGUGGAUCCCCGAGCAGAACUCUGCAGUUAUCUUAGCUGUCGUCCACUUCCCUUUCAUCCCUUUCCAAGUAAAGCAGUAUCUCUCUGAAGUACAGAAGGUCAGCCAAGUGGAAAUUGUCGUGCUGGGCACUUGGUGUAACAACAAGCAGGAGAAGGAAGAGAGCCUGGGCAAAUUCUUAGAUGACCUGGGCACCAUUUUUUCUCAUGAGCCUUGGCUACAGCUUAGCAAAGAGAAAGGAAGUAAGUUCUGGACCUGCCAUACCCUUUCCAGACAAGCUGGCACCCCUCAAGAAGAUCAGAUCAUUUUGAUCUAUUAUGACCAGCGCAAAGCCAUGCUGUCCCAAUUGCAUCCCCCCGAGAUGUCUCUGGAUAACCAGCCAGGGGUCAUCCCUGCUCCUGAUGCUUCAAAACUUGCAGCUGUGUUUGACACAGUGGCCAGAAGCGAGGUGCUGUUCCUGACAGACAGGUACGACGAUGGGCCCCUCAAACUGAGCCACUGGCAGUCGGAGGGUGUGGAGGCCAGCAUCAUUGUGGAACUGGCAAAGCAGGCAUCCGUGCCCGUGUGUAUGCUGCUGACACUCUUGCUUUCCCUUGUCUCUGGACUUUGUAGGAGCAGAAUAUUUAAGUUUUGGCCUUUGUCCUUCAUAUGGAGCAAACUCUCAACUUGUGAGCAGGUUGGAUAUCGACUAGAACAUCUCAAAUUCGUCUUUAGCAACCAGAAAGCUGAGAACCAAAACCAGCUGAUGAGGAAAGCCAACAUCUUUGUUUCCCUCCUUCUUGACGUGGCUCUGGGGAUCAUGCUGCUAUCCUGGUUAUACAGGAAGAAUCGGAUUGGUCAGCUGGCUGACGCUCUCAUCCCAGUUGCAGAUCAUGUAGCCCAGGAACUCCAGGACCUGCUGCAAUGGCUGAUGGGAGUUCCUGCUGGUCUAAAAAUGAAUCGAGCUUUGGACCAGGUGUUGGGUCGCUUCUUUCUCUACCACAUUCACCUUUGGAUUAGUUAUAUCCACUUGUUGUCCCCAUUCAUUGAAAUGAUCCUGUGGUAUGUAGGUCUUUCAGCAUGCCUGGGUCUCACGGUGGUGUUGUCCAUACUUUCAGACAUCAUUGCACUCCUCACUUUCCACAUCUACUGCUUUUAUGUCUAUGGAGCCAGAUUGUAUUGUCUGAAGAUCUAUGGCUUGUCUUCUCUCUGGCGCCUCUUCCGAGGAAAGAAAUGGAAUGUCCUGAGGCAGCGGGUGGAUUCCUGUUCCUAUGAUUUGGAUCAGCUAUUUAUUGGGACUUUGCUUUUUACCAUCCUGUUAUUCCUUCUGCCCACCACAGCCCUCUACUAUUUGGUCUUUACUCUGCUUCGUCUGUUGGUGGUGAUCGUGCAAGGGCUGAUCCAUUUUCUAGUGGACCUUAUAGACUCCCUCCCCCUCUAUUCUAUUGGUCUUCGGCUGUGCAGGUCCUACAGACUUGCAGCUGGUGUAAAGUUCAGAGUCCUGGAGCAGGAAGCAGGCAGACCCCUUCGACUGUUGAUGCAGAUCAAUCCUUUGUCAUAUGGCAGUGUGGUACAAACCUACCGUCUCCCCACCUACAGCUGUUACCCUAAGGACUCCUGGGGCUCACUGUGUAAGAAGCUAUUCUUUGGUGAGCUCAUCUACCCUUGGAAGCAGAAAGGAGACAAGCAGGACUGAAGGGUGGAAAUCAGCCAAAUGUGCAAGCCUGAGCCAAAGCAAACGUUUUAACUUGCUGCUCUUGGGCCAGAGGCAGCUUGAAGCCAACAACUGCUGGCUCAGUGCUGCCUGAACUCCUUUGGUGAAGAAACUGAGACUUUAGCAGGGACAGGAGCAAGGUUUAAAGCAGGGAGACCUUGUGGGACCUCUUUUCGUUUUUCUCUUCCCAUCUGAGCACUUAGGUAGUAUUGACUGGUUGGCGGGAGGGGAUGUGGGUUUUAAUGAAGUGUUCCAUCCUUGAUUACAUUAGUUCCUCCUGGGCAGGCCAAGGAUCAGCAGCUAUUUUCAAAGAAAGGUCAGCGUGCUGGGUGCCUCAAGCAUAAGAUGAUGAUGUCCCUGUACGGUGGUGUCCAUUUGGACCCCAUCACGUCUCUCUCCUCUGUCCUACGUGGUCCUUUGUUAUAAGCUUAGUUUCUAAGGGUAAGUUUUGUUGUCCAUGAGCAGUUGCUGCUGUCAGUCAUGACUGUGGUGGGCAUGUGUGUUCAGUGUGGGCUGCCUUCCCACUCUACUUAACAGAGUAUGUCAUUGAACAUCUCAGAAGCUGGUGACCAGCAUUCAGACUAUGUGCUGACAAACAUACGGCUUCCUCUCCCCAGGUAUGGUAGAAAGUACUUCUCUUUUAUAUCAGUUCAUGUGUUCUUGCUGAAAAACUGACCUUUCCCUUCCCUGAAGCACUCAGGAUGGCAGUAGGUAUAGUGAGGGGAUAAACCUCUGCUCCAUUGCUAGAAAGAGAUGGCUGCUAUAGGACUAUUCAGUUUCUCCUUUCACUGUUUUCCUUUUUUCUGAGACUCUCUUCUGAUUCAGUUACCACAGUCUAUAAUUUGUGCCACACACUGUUAUCCUAAUGGACAUCAACUCCUCUUAAUGUUAAUAAGUGACUCAAGCCUCCAGUUGUCACCAUGGCUCUCUAAUAUUUUCCCUCUUACAGGUGUGUUUGGAAUCUUCUAUGUUCCUCCUCCCCACAUCUAUAUAUACAUAUAUAUUUUUACAGAAGUCUUUGUUCUCUUCAUUUCAAAGAUUGUACUAAAAACAUUGUGCAAGAUCGAUCUUUCCACUUGUCAGAGAUUUAAAGGUAAUAGGCACCAAAUGGAACUUCAAAUUCAUAUUUUUACUAUAAGCAGAGCUAUAAAUUUUGGUUCUCUCCCUGGAUACCACCUCCUUUUCAUGUUGCCACAGGAUUCUGAAAUCCUGACUCUCACUUCUAUUUGAGUAAAAUUUCUCUUUGGAGGAUGGAACAGAGAGAACGUCCUUUAAGGAUUUUCUGCUCUCUAUAAUUAUAAUCUCUUUGGUUAGCUUAUAUGGUCAGACCUAAAAAUAUCUCAUUUCCUGUGUGUGUGUGUGUGUGUGUGUGUGUGUGUGUGUGUGUGUGUGUGUGGUGUGUUUCCUGCUAAAAUAACAUUUCCAAGGGCUUUCCAGAAGGGUUUCAUCUGAGAUGCCCUAAAACAGUCAUUUGUAAACUCAACAAUUUUGGGAGAUCAAAGCCACCACCAUGCCUACAUUGGUCAUGACCCAUCCAGCCCUAGAAAACCCACUUAAGAUCCACUUAAUGGGAGGCUCAGGGGAAAUGGCCUAAAUCUCUUGCUGAUCCAAUUAAGCAGAAUUUUCUCCAGUUGCUAACAUUUCAUGGAGAUAUUAAUUUUCAGAAUGAGCCACCAUGGGGGCCUGGAUGAUGCAAGUACCUUUUGAAGCCAGGCUUCUCUAUAUGGACGAAUAAAGACAGGUUCCACAGAUGACAAACCCACUUCUGUUUGUAUUCUGAGUUUACACACACAAUGAGCGCUUUACCAUUUAUCUCCACUGAUAUGAACUAUAGUACUUCUAUUGAAAUAACUCUUGGAUUCCUAGUUAGGAUCCUCUAGUCCCUUGUUCCUAACCUUGCAUUUACAUCUCUGGAGAAUCUGAAAUAGUUUUUAUAGACAUCAAGAUUGAUCAUUAUAUUCUACUGACUUCUUAGGAGGAGAUAAUUGUCUCCUUAAAAGAUAUGAACUAGUUAGACUGUAAGCUCCUUGAGGAGAGGAACCAUGUCUUAAUUUAUCUUGACUAUGUCAGUGCCUACUAAACUGUCAAUCUUAAUUAAGCUUGUCGGUGAAGUUAGCAUUUGAUAAAUGUUUGUCUCCUUUGAAAGUCAGACAAAGGAGUUAGCAGAAUUGGUUUCAUCACAUUUAUAAUGGCAAUUAGAAACAUAACUAAUAGGACCCUUGGUCAUCUUUUAGUACUCAUGAGCAUAAGCAAAGCCCACCAUAUAAAUAAUUGCAGCUUAUGCAUCAGCGUCCGUUGUAGAGAAUGAAGACACUGAGAAAUUCUACAAAGAAGUAGAUGAGAUCCUCCAAACCAAGCCAGUACUUUGAUACUUAGUGACUUCAGUUAGAAAGAUGAGAAGGAUGAAAAUAUAUGUUGGAAAACAUGAUGCAUGUUUCUGAACAGAUAAGUGGUCAAACGACAUGCAGUUUUCAAAAGAGCAGUCAACAACUAUAUGAAAAUCAGUAAUAAGAGAAAGACAAGUUAAAACAACUCUGAAGUUUCACCUCAUACCAAUUAAGUAAUCAAAUGUUUUAAAAGAGUAAAUUUUGGAGGAACUGUGGGGGGGAAGCAUACCAGUAAACUAUUGUUAGAACUAUGAAUUGGUCCAACCAUUCUGAAAAACAACCUGAUAUAUUAUGCAGCUUACACUGUUCAUACCCUUAGACUCAUGUAUCUUACCACUUGAUCUAUGCUCCUAAAAGGUCCCAUACCAAAAUAUUUAUAGUAGCCCUUUUCAUUGUAGCAAUAAAAUUGGAAACAAAGUGUGUGCCCAUUGAUUAGAGAAUGGCUGAACAAAUUGUGAUAUGUGAAUGCAAUAUAAUAUUAUUGCAUUGUGAAAAAUUCAUAGAAAUAUGGGAGGACUUGUAUGAAUCAAUGCAGAGUGAAGAAAGCAGAAUCAGGAAAAAAAAUUACACACAAUGACUAAUAAUGUAAAUGGAAACUGUAAAAGAUAUCAAAAUUCAGAUUAAAUAUAAUGAUCAAUCUUGAUUCCAGAGGAUUGAUGAUGAAAAACACUUUCCUUCUCUUAGUAGAGAGGUAAUAGACUAUGGGUACAAAAUGUUACAUACACCAUCCUGUAGCUGUUGGAUUGGAAUUUUACUUAGCUGUUUUUCUUUAUUAUGAGAAAGGGUUUUAUGGGAACGCUUACUGGAAAAUUAUUAGUAUAAAAAAAUCAUCAAUAAAACAUUGAGAAAUGACAGGUUUGAAAAACCAUAAAGGCCAAAGGUCAGAAGCGUAAUACUUUUAUGUUAAUAAAUCAGUAAACAUUUA